AGCUACUGUUAGCGAAACACAGAAUCACGUAUGCCUUAUGGAUUAGCCGUCUCUGGCAACGAUAGCCUCAGAAGAAUGCCAGAAUCAAAGAAAAUGCCGUCCAAGAAGCAGUACGAUCUUGUGUCGGACGAUGGUUACGACAGUAGGAUUCCUUUGCACAACGAAGAGGCUUUCCAACAUGGGAUAUCCUUCACUGCCAAGUACAUAGGAACCCUGGACGUUCCCCGUCCCAGCAGCAGGGUGGAGAUAGUGGCCGCAAUGAGGAGAAUUAGGUAUGAGUUCAAAGCCAAGGCCAUCAAGAAGAAAUCUGUAAAUUUGGUGAUAGGAACGGAAGGAGUGAAAGUAACCCUGAAGAAGAAGACAUCUCGGAGUAAAACCCAAUACCCAUGGGAUGAGAGUAAACUCCUGGUGAUGCAUCAUCCAAUAUACAGGAUCUUCUAUGUGUCCCACGACUCCCAGGAUUUGAAGAUCUUCAGCUACAUCGCCAGGGACGGCUCCACUAACGUCUUCAAGUGCAAUGUCUUCAAAGCUUACAAGAAGAGUCAUGCUAUGCGUAUGGUUCGCACCAUAGGGCAGGCAUUUGAGGUGUGUCACAAGCUGAGCCUCCAGCAGGCAGCUAAGGAAGCAGAGGCCCUGGGAGAUAAUAACAGUGAUAAAUCUGAUGAAAUAACAACUACAUUGAAGAGAAAAGCUAAGAAGAAAGUGACUGAGUCCCAGAAGGAGUGUGAUCAGUUUGACCGAGUAGACAACAGCGGCAGUAACCAGACAAGUCCAGAAGAUGCCCUGAUGCAAGCUCAACAGAUGCUGAGAAGUAUGGGGGCCAAGACGCCAGUGUCCAUGGGCACCUUCAGCCCUCCUCUGGGUUCUCCAGUCCAACUCCUGGGUGAUGGCUACCAGACGUCCGGCCAAAUGCCCCUCAGCUCCCACCACCAGGUGCAGCUCCUCAGACAGCAGCUAGAGCAGCAGCAGCAGCAGACACAGGUGGCCAUUGCUCAGGUACACCUGCUCAAGGAUCAGCUGGCGGCAGAGGCAGCAGCCAGGAUUGAGGCACAGGCCCGGUGUCACCAGCUUCUACUCCACAACAAGGACCUGCUGGAGCACAUCACUCAGCUGGUGUCCAGGAUACAGGAGGUGGAACUGAAGAGUGUGGGCAGCACCCCUUCACAGGAGUUCUCCACUUUCAAACCUCCAGUACAGGUGCCCACUCUUCCUGAUGUGAACACCCCCCAGCCGCCACCAGUUUAUAUCCCAGAGUUCCCAGACAUAGACUCCUCGUAUCCUGCAUAUGUGCCAGAAAACGGUCUGUUUGAAAACCGAAAAACUGAUGUAGCAUACACAGAUUCCCCAGAUAGUGGACACAGGGAGAUGUCCUCAGACAGUCUCAUGUAUAACUUCAGUCAGGCAGAUGCCAAUGCCUGGCACAGAAAACAACAAAACACUCCAGCAAACCAAAACAAGAACCCAUUUCUCAUGAACAACAGCAGUAGGGUUAACAAUAACAACAACGUCUACCAGCCAAACUCACAGCACAGAGACCAGGUCAAGGUCGUGGAUGGCAAGGCCAAGGUUAUUGUCCCCUGUCCAAUGCAGGACGCCAGUGGAAAUCGCCUGGAUCUUAACCUCACACCAAAGUUGGAGCCCCCACCCAAAUACAGUCGCCAGUCACCUCGCUCCUCGGCCACUCAGGAGAGCCUCAAAGUGGGGGACAACCAGCAGGAGGCAAGUUAUCGAAAUUCCACCACAAGUGAAAAUUCCUCUGGCUCGUCAGACCAUGUAGGUGGCCGUGAUGAUUCAGCCAUGGAGAUUUCUCCAUUGAGUGAUAUUGAGCUAGUGGAUGCCGAUCCCACUGAGCUGAAGGAAUUAAAUAGUAACAGCGGACAUGUGACCUCAAUCGAAAAGCAGCGCUAUUUGUACAACAGUAUCCAAGAGGCUGAACUGAAUGACUUAACUUACAGCCCCUCAUUCAAAACGGGCACUUCUAACAACACUUAUAACUCUGCAGACAAACAGCAUACGAUGACUCUGUCAGAGGAAGAGCUUGAAAAUAAUAAUAUGAAGAACAAAUCUGACAGGAGAUCUACUGAUGCUGGGAGGAGGCUGGAUUCAUUAACACUAGAGGAGUUUGAGGCUUUGAGCACCUCCUGAGUUACAUUAAAUGUUUAAAUUAUUAUUAGACUAAUUAAAAUUUGCAUUUACUAUUCAGGUAAAAGAAUUACCUGGUGUUUACUUAUAUAUGUGGAAACAAGAAAAUAACAUAAUGGAGAAUGCAGCUGAAAUAAUGUGAACAUAUCAGAUAUCCCGAGGUCAUGGUAUGCAAAGAGUUCUACAUAGUUAAAAAUAAGUGAUAUAUGCCACUCAUGUGAAACAAAAGGGAUCUGAAUGUUGACUGUGAGGCAUUUGUUUGUGAACAGUAAAAAGAAAUUGGUACAAUUUGACUGAAAA